GUACUUCAUGGAUACUCAUUUAAAGCCGACAUUUUUUGAAACACCAGAAGCAACUUCAAACACAAUUGAAUCAACACCAGAAACACUCGAAUCUGAAGUUAAAAAUUUAGAUCCGAGUGCUUCUACCAUGCAUUUUGACACGGAGUUAGAGAGUGAUGCGAAGAACGAAGGAGAUGGUGUAAACAAGAAACCGGAUAAAGUCACUGAAAAAGUGAGUCAAACUCAAUGGUCUCCCCAAACUGAUGCUAUUCCACUGGUUCCCGAGUUAGAUGACGAUGCCAAUGAUCUGGAGGUUGAGGCGCUCUUGGAAGCUACAGAAGAAGAGCACAUGGAUGAUACAAGCUACCCAACUAGUGUCUUUGCCUUCAGUGUUGGUUCUUCUAGCCCACUGCCAAACAGAUUCCAGAAAGAAGAAAAAACAGAAGACUGGCGACUGAGAACCUGCGAUGAUUCAGGCUUCUCUACCCAGGAUUCUGAGGAACCAAUCAUGCUUGCCUCUGCUAUGGUAGAAAAAAACUUGCCAAUAGGACAAGGACCUAACAACGAAUCAUUUUACCAUGGUAAGAUCACUUUCAAAUGCUUUUUGGUGUAUAAUAUGUUUGUUCCCAUAGUAACAUGCUCACUUUGUUUUUGCAGGUGAAGGAAACCCAUUGGUUUCUGAGGGAAAUCUUGAGAUUGCCACAGAAGAGAACAAUGAGCUUGGGACACCUUCUAUAUGGACUUUCUAUCAUUUGAACAUUGCCCCCCACGCUUUUGGUGAAAAUUCUAACCAUUUUUGAACAAGUUGUCAUGUAUCAAACCCUCUUUUAUAAAAUAUGUCAAAAAAAUCAUUCCCACAUGACAGAUCUGCUAACUGUUGAGUUUUUCUUUGUAUUUCAAAUUGAUCUUUAAACAUAAAUUAUCAAACAUUUUACAUUCACUCUUCAAGAAAAUAGUAUUAUUUUGUUUUAUUUUAUUUCUAUUUGUUCAUUUUUCACACAUGAUGUUCUAAACUAAAGUUUGACCAGUCAUAGUUAAAGUAUGAUCAUGGAUAUGACAUUGGCAAAACUUACUUUACACUGUACAUUUGUAUAAUAGAUCUUUUAGUAAUAUGAUACAUAGUGUAAUCUCAUUUCUUCUCAUAGUGUUAGUGAAACAUACAGGGUGAGCCAAAAGGGUAACCCAAACAUGUGUUAAUAAGAUAUAAGAUCUGUUAAAACUAUUUUUAAUUUUCUUGUAUAUUUUCAAUAACUAUUUUGGUGCAAAUCCUAUUUUUCCUAUUUUUCAACUGCAAAUUCAAAUUAUUAUCACUCUGUAUUUCAAAUUCAGUUGCUAAUUCUUUCAAUUUAUAAGAAAAAUUUUAUUUCCAUAUUAUACAUAUACUUGUAUUCAUCAUUUCUCUAUAAUUGUUCAAUAAAACCAUGUUUGUAAAAUUGUAUUCAUAAAAUAAAACGAAAUAAAA